AAGUUGUUGACUAGAGGUUAGGUCCACUGUAAUAUCCAGCCAUAACAUAAAUAAAUUCUAAUGAUGUAUCGUUGACUGUUACAAGUGACAAGGGGGGAACGGGGUAAGAAUGUUGUCAUUUUUACGAAAAAUUUCACUGGGGGGAAAGAUAAGAGAUGGUGUGCCGACGAGCGACGAAAUGGAGGCUGUUGAAGGAUAUCUGGAUGCGAAAAACCAAAGUUUGAUCUCGCAGUCUGACACUGAGCUAAAGGAGUCCGUUUAUGAUUUGUUAAGGACAAUCAAGGAUCCAGAGAAACCACAAACAUUGGAGCAAUUGGACGUUGUUUAUGAAGACUGUGUUGAGAUUUUGAGACAAACUCCCAAAGGAGUUUCUGUAAUUCGUAUUGAAUUCAAUCCAACAGUGCCCCAUUGUUCUCUGGCAACAUUGAUUGGCUUAUGCAUUAGAGUGAAACUAGAACGUCAUUUAGUAGCUCUUUUUAAAUUAGAUAUAUACAUUAGGAAAGGUACACACUCUACAGAACAAGAAAUAAAUAAACAAAUAAAUGAUAAGGAAAGAAUUGCAGCUGCCAUGGAAAAUCCUAACUUGAGAGAAUUGGUGGAGAAAUGUAUUCAAGAAGAAGAGUGAGAGCCUAGCUUUUUUGUGGUGCAUGGGUUUCAUUAGGUUCAAUACUGCUCAUCUAUAGUGGGUUAUCUUCAUACAAUAUUAGUAUAUAUAAUGAGGAAGACACAAACACAACCUUCACUUUAGUGCAAGAGAAUGUACUAAAAGAACACAUUUACUGAGGAUUCUAGUGAAUACAAAUACAAUUUCAUAUUUAAUUGUACAAAGUUAAUGAUGCUAUAAAUAUGUGUAUAGCACGGUUCUGUAGUUACUCUAAAUGUGACAUUUUAUACACGUAUUUCAAAUCUUGAAUAGAAAUAGAAAUCAAUUACUAUAAGUUCAAUUGUACAUAUACUUGAUAUAAAAACGUUUUUUAUUCAAUAACCAAUUUCCAUUGGUAAUACGAUAUUACAGUAACAAUACUAAAAAUGAUUCAAAUUGUAAAUUCUGUAGUAAAUAUACUUUGUAUAAGAA